AUGGCGGCGGCGCUGAGGGGCCGCGCGGGCCCGGGCGGGGCCCCGGCGCUGUGGCGGCUCCAGAGCCGGCGGCAAAGCUCGUUCGACGUGGCCGUGGUUGGUGCGGGGAUCGUGGGCCUGGCCACGGCCCGGGAGCUGCUGCAGCGCCACCCCUCGCUGGCCUUGGCCGUGCUGGAGAAGGAGCAGGAGCCCGCCCAUCACCAGAGUGGCCACAACAGUGGAGUGAUCCACAGUGGGAUUUACUACAGCCCCGGCUCCCUGAAGGCCAGGCUGUGCGUGCAGGGGGCAGCCCUGUGCUACAGAUACUGUGACCAGAAGGGCAUUCCCUACAAGCAGUGUGGGAAGCUGAUUGUGGCUGUGGAGCAGGAUGAGAUCCCAAGGCUCAAAGCUCUGUACGAGAGGGGGCUGCAGAACAAUGUCCCAGGGCUGAAACUCAUUGGGGCCAAGGAAAUCCAGGAGAAGGAGCCCUUCUGCAGGGGACUGAUGGCCCUGGACUCUCCCUACACUGGCAUUGUGGAUUACAAACAAGUGGCCCAGUCCUAUGCCAGAGACUUCCAGGAAGCAGGGGGCACAAUCCUGACUGGUUUUGAAGUCACAGACAUGGAGAUGGCCAAAGAAAGUCCUGCACAAAGUGAAGAUGGGCUGAAGUACCCAGUCAUUGUUAGGAGCAAAAAGGGGCAGGAGGUGUCCUGUGGGCACAUCCUGACCUGUGCUGGGCUCCACUCCGACCGCCUGGCGCGGAUCAGCGGCUGCAGCCCCCAGCCCAGGAUCGUCCCUUUCCGGGGGGAUUACCUGCUGCUAAAACCUGAAAAGUCUUAUUUGGUGAAAGGAAAUAUUUAUCCAGUCCCCAACCCUCGUUUCCCAUUCCUGGGGUUCCACUUCACUCCCAGGAUGGAUGGCAGUGUCUGGCUUGGCCCUAAUGCAGUGCUGGCCUUUAAGAGAGAGGGCUACAAACUCCUGGACUUCAGCCCUGGGGACUUCUUAGACGCUGUCACCUACAGUGGGCUGUGGAAGCUGGUGCUGAGGAACGUGUCCUACGGCCUGGGGGAGCUGUACAGAGCCUUCAACCUCAGUGCCCAGGUCAGGCAGCUGCAGAGGUUCAUCCCUGAGGUCACCACCAAUGAUGUCCUCAGGGGUCCCUCAGGGGUGAGAGCCCAGGCCCUGGACAGUGAGGGCAAUCUGGUGGAUGACUUUGUGUUUGACGGGGGCUCGGGGCCCGUGGGCAGCAGGAUCCUGCACGUCAGGAACGCUCCCUCCCCUGCGGCCACCUCCUCCCUGGCCAUCGCCGCCGCCAUCGCCGACGAGGCGCAGCGCCGCUUCCAGCUCUGAGCCAGCAGGAAUGCU